GUGAAUAGGUGGAGCCUUUUAACACAAGUGCAAAAAAUGUAAUUAUCCUAAUAAUCAAAACUGAGUAAACACCAAACCCAAAACAAAAAAAAUGAACAAAUCGUAGAAAGAAGACAGCUUUCACAAUAGGGGUUGUCUCGUUCUCCCUCAUUUGCUGCAGAGCUCAGCUAACCUCUAGAGAAGCUGCUGAGUUGGGGCAUAAAUUUUGUUCCUUUGAAUCACAUAUUUAUAACCCAACCAGCCGUUUCAGAAGCCAAGUCUCUUCUUUAACUCUUGUCGAAACUGUGGCGUUGUUGAGUCUCUCCUGAUGAAUCGACUUCAAAGGCUUCUCCUUUCUCCUCCAACCACACCUCCUUUGUGCCGCUGUUGUGCUCCUCUGAUGCUCUAAAGGUUGGGCUUUUCUAUUUGCUUUUGCUUUUAACCAAUCGCAUUCGUCAAAAAUUGGAUUUUUGAGUUUGGGUAAUAGAAGCCAAUAUAUAAAGAGCGAAGCUUUAGGUGUUCACUUUGAUUAGGUUUGGUAAUCAGAAACUGAUAUCGCUAUGAUACGGGAUUUAUUUGGAAUUCUGGGUACCAAGAAGGUUCCAUUGUUAAUCCGAAGAUUCUCACUUUGCUCUACGAAGAAAGACCCUGAUCUCGAAUCUGCUCUCUCGCGUAACAAGAGAUGGAUAGUUAACAGUAGGCUCAAGAACGUUAUCUUAAGGUGUCCCAACCAGGUUGCAUCGGUUAAGUUUUUACAGAAGAAGUUUAAGACUCUUGAUCUGCAGGGGAAAGCACUGAACUGGCUUAAGAAGUACCCUUGUUGUUUCCACGUUUAUCUCGAGGACGAUGAGUAUUACUGUCGUUUAACUAAACCCAUGAUGACGCUUGUGGAAGAAGAAGAGUUGGUCAAAGAUGCCCAAGAGCCUGUGCUAGCUGAUAGGCUUGCAAAGCUGCUUAUGAUGAGUGUUAAUCAGCGCCUCAAUGUGGUGAAGCUUAAUGAGUUUAAGCGGAGCUUUGGAUUUCCUGAUGAUUAUGUUAUUAGGAUACUACCAAAGUACUCAGAUGUGUUUCGGAUAGUGAAUUAUAGUGGCAGGAAGAGUUCAAUGGAGAUAGAGCUUUUGUUGUGGAAGCCUGAGUUGGCUGUUUCUGCAGUGGAAGCAGCAGCAAACAAAUGUGGCUCUGAGCCUAGUUUCUCUUGCUCGUUACCUUCCACAUGGACCAAACCUUGGGAGAGGUUCAUGGAGUUUAAUAACUCUCCUUACAUAUCUCCGUAUGAGGAUCAUGGGGAUCUUGUCGAAGGUUCAAAGGAGAGUGAGAAGAGAAGUGUUGGUUUGGUGCACGAGUUACUCUCGUUGACGCUGUGGAAGAAGCUGUCAAUCGUAAAGCUGAGUCAUUUCAAGAGGGAAUUUGGGUUGCCGGAGAAGCUAAAUUCUAUGCUUCUGAAACAUCCAGGCAUAUUCUAUGUAGCGAACAAGUAUCAGGUUCACACUGUGCUUCUUAGAGAAGGAUACAAUGGCUCGGAAUUGAUUCACAAGGACCCGCUUGUUGUUGUGAAGGGUAAAUUUGGGGAACUGAUGCAGCAGGGCUUGUAUGAGUAUAAUCACAGGAGGUAUUUGGCUAAUCAAGAGAAGAAGAGAGAGAAAGGUAUUGAAUCUUUGAAGUCUGAGGUGAGAAAGAAAGACAGGAUUCACGAUGAAGAUGAUGUCAAUGAACAAGAAAGCCAUGGUGAUCGACCAGGUGGUCUGUUUGAUACAGAAGAGAGAAAAAGGUUUUAUCAGAUUCUCUUCAGUGACAACCAAUAAGAGCAUUCUGGAAAAGUUGAAACAUUAUUUGCUGAGAAUUACUACAUCUCAAUAACUCUUGGGAGGAACAGCUUGUUUUGCAUUUGAUCUAAGAGCAUAUUGUGAUCUCCUUAGCUUUACAGCAAAAACACCAUGUCUCAAAGAUUGCAGACUGUAUAGAUAAAGUUUCCCUUAAACAUCACUUCUCCAGUUUUUGUUUAGAAGGUCAGAGAUGCGGCCUAGUUGUUCCCCAGGGGUGAAAGAUCAAAAUGGAAACUGUGAUUUCAGUCUUGGGGGCAGCUGAAAUGCUUUCAUUUAGUUUUGGGUGGGUGGGAAACAAGAAGUUAGAGUUAGUUGAUUCAAUGUAAUAUCUCUAAGAAGAGCGUCUUAAAGUGUGUUCAUUGUUGAUAUCCAAAAGUUCAGUGAAGAUAUUUGCUUGCUCGCACUUGGAUUCUUCCCGGAAUGUGUUGUUGGUUUCACAUUUAGCAAGAUAAUAGUACAGAUGUAUGUGGACAAGUGGUAACAGGAGACUAUGGCUUGUAGGUCAAAGAGAUAAAAUGGCUGGAUUUGUGUACAAGGAAGAUGGUUUAUAUCAGAUAAUAUCAGCCUCAACUUCAUCGGGACAUCUUUGUAGACAUAUAAUCGUUCAUUUAAGUAGUGUUUCUUUGCAUAUUUGCUUUUAGAUAACAUCUUUUAUGCUUGAAAAGGAUAUCAUUGUUGCAGGUAUUCUGGAAGUAAGCUUAGGAUACAUGACAGUAUUUAGAUUCGCAGUAAGUGAGAAUGAUUAGAGGAUACAUUUCAGAUGUCACUCCUGUCUGCAUUUUGUUAUUCUGGAUUGUACCUUUAUAUCAUCUGCAAUAACAAGAUUCAUUUCAAGUUUGUUUGA